AUGGGGGCUCUUCUACCAGCCUUCUUCAUCCUUGCCGCCGUUUUAGAUGGGGCUUCCUGUUUAAAUUCAGAUCACAUUUGGACAUGGAUAAACGAUACAUUCUGUACCACAAGCUCUUGCACUUACCGAAAAGAAAUAUUUCCAAGAGACACUUUAUCUGACACGAUAUAUGUUGAUAUGGAAUUAAGUUUGAUUUCUUUAAGCGACUUUGAUGAGGUCGCGGGUCAUCUAGAACUGGUUGGGACUCUUCGAAUCAAAUGGAUAGACGAUAUUGUCCUUGAUCCUUACAAGGUCGCCGCUGCGUUAACUCCUCCAACUUACUCCUUUACAGAUGUACUGAUACCACAGGAUGAUGUGUGGAAGCCUCCAAUCACAGUUUUCAAUUCUGUAAAUGCUUUAAACGCAAUCGGAGAUUCUAAUUAUUACGUAAGGAUAAAAGUGUUGAGCUCGGGAGCACAGGCAGACAUGGAGUGGUUUCCAGGAAUCGUAACAAGAACCGCUUGCAACGUUGACGUGUCUAAUUAUCCAUGGGAUAUCCAGACAUGCGACAUCUUAUUCACUCCUUGGGGGUAUCGGCCUUCAGAAAUAGAUUUUAACCUAACUUCGACAGCUGUAGACGUUUCAAAAUUUCAAGGCAGUGAUAUCUGGGAAAUAAAGUCUACAACCAUUUCCCAUGAGACCAAAGGAAACUCCAGUUUUGCAAAGUACACCCUGCAACUUGCGAGGAAAUCUAGUUUCUUUCUAAUGUACAUUGUAUUACCAAUAGAACUUCUUUGUUUUCUGAAUUUGAUGGUUUUCAUUUUACCUGCAGACUCCGGUGAAAGGGUUGGUUAUUCCGUGACAGUUUUUCUGACUCUUGCCGUUUACGUGACCAUUAUAUCAGAUAAUCUUCCGAAGACAUCAAAUCCAAUGUCUAUUUUCGCCUACUUCAUGAUCACAAUGCUUAUGAUAAGUGCCUUCAUCUGCUUUGUGACUAUAAUAUCGCUCCGCGCCUACAUCCGCAAUGAUGAAGAUCCGGUACCGAAAUGGGUGAAACGAUGUGUAGCCGUUGCUUAUUGUCGAUGUUGUGUCAGGAAAAAAGGAGAGGAGGAAGAAGAGACAGCCUCCAAAAAGCCACCAACGCCGAAACCCAAAAUAAUCAAAGUGGACUCUGAAAAUGCUGCCGGGAAAUGGGCAAAAGUGAGGGAAAGGGUCACGCAAAAGAAUGGCGUCUUUCCUAUGAAAAUGGCGGUCCUUCAGGACUACAGUGACAGCGAAGAAUCUACUUCAAGUGAUGCUGAAUCGGAAGAGGACGAAGAAAUGGAGUGGUCGGACGUGGGCACGGCUAUUGAUAUCGCCUGCUUAUACUUGUUUUUUGCUCUCAUUUCCUUAGUUUCUAUUGCCUUUCUUAUUCCUCUUGCAUCUACUAGAAUGUAA